GAACCCGGAGACCGAGACUUCCCGGAGCUCGCGCGCCUCCCCUCGUGGGGCGCAGCGAUCUUCUCCUCGCGGGACCUGCCCCGGGCCCCGCCGCGCGCGCCUCUCUCUGACAGCGCAGGGCAGCCGAGCCAGGACCAGAUUCCCCAGACCCCCGGAGCCUGCAGCCAGCCAUGGACCCCAAGGACCGCAAGAAGAUCCAGUUCUCGGUGCCCGCGCCCCCCAGCCAGCUCGACCCCCGCCAGGUGGAGAUGAUCCGGCGCCGGAGACCAACCCCGGCUAUGUUGUUCCGGCUCUCAGAGCAUUCCUCGCCAGAGGAGGAACCCUCCGCACACCAGAGAGCCUCAGGAGAAGGACACCACCUCAAGUCGAAGAGACCCAACCCCUGUGCCUACACUCCCCCCUCCCUGAAAGCUGUGCAGCAGCGCAUUGCUGAGUCCCACCUGCAGACCAUCAGCAACCUGGGUUCGGAAGAGGAGGAUGAGCUGGGGGAGCUGCGGGAACUGGGGUACCCAAGAGAGGAGGACGAGGAUGAGGAGGAUGAGGACGAAGAGGAUGAAGAAGAGGAAGACAGCCAGGCUGAAAUCCUGAAGGGCAGCAGGGGGAUUGGUGGGCAGAAGCUAACCUGUGGCCAGGGUCUGGAGGGCCCCUGGGAGCGCCCACCCCCUUUGGAUGAGCCCCAGAGGGAUGGAAACUCUGAGGAUCCAGCUGAAGACACAGCAGCACUAAGCAAACCUGGGGAGGAUCCCUAGCACCCUGGUCCCUUGAGCCUGGCACAUAAGCCCCCAAGCCUGCAUCUCCCAGGAGGAAGUAGAGGGACCAUCACUGUUCCUCACCCACUUUGUCCCCACCCUACGUUGAACCCUUCCCUUCACCUGCUAAGGCUGCAGCUUCUGACCUCGAGAAGACUAAGGCUGGUCUGUGUUUGCUUUGGCUGAUGCCCAGAGUCCCCAAUGCCUUUCUUGCCAGUCCUUCUUCCAUUCCACUUAGUGGGGAGGGAGGGAGGGGUUGAAACAGCUCACAUUGGAGAAGCCAGAAACAAAGACGCACCCUUCAUGAUUCUACUCCCUAGAGCCUUUUCCCUGGGCACAGGAGACCCACAGGGCAGGACCCUAUGAUUUGGAGAAAGGAGGUACUGAAAGCCUGCAAGUGCCCUGAGAUCUCCAUCCCCUCUUGCGUGGGGGACUCCAAGUCACCACCCCUCUCUCUGGCUUCUACAAGGGCCCAAGCCUGAGGCAUCCUUCUCCAACAUUUUGGAUGGCUUCUCCUAUAUGACCUCACACAUACCCUAUCUUCCGCUCCUGUUGGGUGCCUGGAAGUUGGAUUGGUAGAGGCUGCUUGUUGCGUUUUGUUUGUGCUUUGAUGCCACGAAUGCUACUUAGUGUAUGUCCUUACAGUGGGACAGAGUGGGGCAGGGGGAGCCAGGUUCUCCUUGUCCUCCGGCUGCUCUCCCCCUUCCCCUUCUUCCCUGACUCCAAGGCUUGAACCCCUCCGGAGCUGUAAUAAAUCUUUGUACGUAA